GACGACGACGACGGCGGUGGGGGUAUACCGUGACGGCUGCAUCAAGCGCGUACCACGAGUUUUCGGACGGCAGCGUCGCGAGACGGUCUCUCUGCCCGCGGCUCUGUUUCUUUCUGCUAGAGAGUUUUCUUUGUCGUCGCAUUUUUCCGUCGGCUCUUCACUCCUCGCGACCGAGCGGGAUCGCGCGCGCGCGCGCGCGCUCUUGCUGACGCUCCGAGACGCGAAUUUUCACGCCUGUGCACGUUAUCGCGAGUGACUCGACGCAUGUUUUGCCUCUUCUACGUGCGCCCCAAGAUACUGUGACAGAGUGCGAGACCUCUUCGACACCCUCAUGGUCAGCGAUCACCGCGGACACCUGUAAGAAUUAAAGUCGGAUGGCUGUUCGCACGAGGCUCGUGCGCAGGAGCGCGGUGAAGCACGGCAAACGCAACAGCGAUGACGCUACCAGUUUCCAGCUAUGAGGAACUUCUCGUCCAAGUGCGCGAGCUCACUCACGAGACGAUCCUCCUGCAGCGCCAAUUGUCCUCCGACCUCUUCGACAACACUGAUCCACCGGACGUGAAUCACAAUUUCUCCUUCGCACGAAAGAACUAUGAGAAAGAAAAGUUCCUGACGGAUAACGUGGUACGGCAGUAUGACAAGACGCGGGAAUACGAGACAGGACAAAGUCCUCUUGCCGAAUGCAACGAUUUGAGAUUCCGGCCGAGAUACUGUCACGAUUCGGAAUCGUCCGAGAGCGCACGAUCGGGCGAGCUGACCAGUCGACUUUUAGCCUGGCGAAGUCGCGACCGCUACCCGAUAAUAUUUCAGGAGAACGCGGAAGCCUGCCGGGACAGAUCGCGCGCGACGGAGAGCCGCGUGCCGCGCGGCUCGGCGGCGAGCGUCGGGGUGGAAGGCGUCGCCGCCGCCGCCGCCGUCACCACCGCCACCACCACCACCACUAGCACCGCCACCACCACCAUCGCGUGGGGCGGCCAGAGACGAAAGGGUACCUCGUCGCCGCCGCCCCUGAGCAGCGUCGCGGCAUCGCGCAGGCUGGAGUCGGCCGCUGACGCUGCAGCGUCGUUCAACCCUGUCACCGUCGUCGCCACGCAAAGAUGCGUCGCUGCGAAGGGCACCGUCGUCGAUGCCGCCGCCGCCGCCACCACCACCACCACCACUACUACCGCACCGAGACCGCCGCGGAUUUAUCCGGCUUCCGUCGUCGCGCCUGAGAUCAACAAGGAGGAUGCCAUGGAGCCGGAGGCGAAGGAGGAGGACGAGCGACGCUCGUCGACGCCGAGUCCCGAGUUCUACGUGAGGAGGAGUAAGCGUUACAACGAGGAUGGCAGCAGCGAGGAGGAGAUUAAGCAGGACACCUCGCUGCCUAGCAGCCACAGGCUACCGUCUUCGUAUCGCGGUACGUGGCCCAUCAGAAGAGACGUAUGGGCUAAUCAGCAGAUUGGUUUUCCAGCCCAGCAGAGCACAUCACUCGCUGCACACAAUGACGUGGCGAGCGUAAUGAGCUUCUCGUCCAAUUCCGCCGGUCUCGAUUGCAACUCUGCCGAGUCGCAAGGUCACCGACGACUGGGCGCCAAGGUGGACGUGGUGUACAAUCUGUUGGGCAUGUUGGAGAAGAACGGCCGAGAAGACAUGAGCACCACUCUGCUCUCCAUGAGCACCUCCGUAGACAGCUGCCUGGUGAUGAGGCAGUCCGGAUGCCUGCCGCUGCUGGUGCAGCUGAUCCACGCACCUGGACAAGAUCCCGACACCCGCGACAGGGCUAUGCAGGCGCUGCACAACGUGGUGCACGCCAAGAGCGACGAGAGAGCCAGUCGCCGAGAGGCGCGGGUGCUCCGUUUCCUGGAGCAGCUGCGAGACUAUUGUCAGACGCUGAGGAUAUCCCUGGAGAGAGGUCAGUCUACGGACGACCUCGAGAGACACCCUGCGGCGACGAUAGCCGCUCUCAUGAAGCUUUCCUUCGACGAGGCGCAUCGUCACGCCAUGUGCCAACUGGGUGGCCUCCACGCGGUCGCCGAACUCAUCGAAAUGGAUCACCUGGCGCACGGUAGCGAAUGCGACGAUCAGAACUGCAUUACGUUAAGGCGGUACGCGGGAAUGGCGUUGACCAAUCUGACUUUCGGCGACGGCAACAACAAGGCCCUGCUCUGCUCCUUCAAGGAAUUCAUGAAGGCCCUGGUGUCGCAGCUGAGGAGUCCCAGCGACGACCUCAGACAGGUGACGGCGAGCGUUUUGCGGAACCUGUCCUGGCGCGCCGACAGCAGCAGCAAGCAGACCCUGAGAGAGGUUGGGGCGGUUACGGGUCUGAUGAGAGCCGCUAUGGAAGGUCGCAAGGAGUCCACCCUCAAGUCGAUACUGUCCGCUCUGUGGAAUCUGUCGGCGCACUGUAGCACGAACAAGGUGGACAUUUGUGCCGUGGACGGCGCGCUGGCCUUCCUCGUUGACAUGCUGAGCUACAAAGCGCCGUCCAAGACGUUGGCGAUAGUCGAGAACGCUGGCGGUAUAUUGAGAAAUGUGUCGAGUCACGUGGCGGUACGAGAGGACUACAGAACGAUCGUGAGGGAGAGAGGCUGUCUGCAGGUUCUCCUGCAGCAGCUCAGAUCACCCAGCCUGACGGUGGUCAGCAACGCCUGCGGGGCACUUUGGAAUUUAUCAGCGAGAUGUCCGCAGGACCAGCGCCUUCUCUGGGACUUGGGUGCUGUGCCAAUGUUGCGCAGUCUCGUCCACUCGAAGCACAAAAUGAUCUCCAUGGGCUCGAGCGCGGCUUUGAAGAAUUUGCUGAGCGCUAGACCGGGCUGCAACAAUCUCGUCCACUUGGACUCCACCGCUCGCGGACUCGGACUGUCGACUCUACCGAGUCUGGUCGCUCGCAGGCAGAGAGCUCUGGAGCAAGAGAUCGACCAGAAUCUGGCCGAGACGUGCGACAACAUCGAGCCGAGCACGUCGCCGACCAACAAGCUGGACGACAAGUUCUCGUUCAAGCUCGAUCACAGCUUCCUCGGUAUCAACUCGGCACACGGUCUGCGCUCGUAUCAGCUGCACAAUCAACAACCCAGCACGUCGAGCGUCAGCAGCAGCGGUAGCAGGUGCAACGGAGUCGCCAGGAGCGAGAGCAGAGACUCUAUGCGCUCCGUUACCAGCACGCAUUCCGACACCAUGUUUGAAAGGGUGAACCGUCACGUGCUGAACGGCAUGUCGUCCACCGACCCGCAGAUCAAGCAGCAAUCUUCGUCGCUGCACUCCGCUGUCGGCUUCGACAGCAGCGCGUCCAGCGACGGUCACUCGAAAGCCACCGUCUCCGAGAGGAGAUACACGUUGCGUUACAAGAACGCUAUACCGGAGCGUCUCAGGCCGCCCGACGGUUUCGACAUGAACGAACUGAGAUGCGCCAACUCGACCAUAUCAUGGGCUACGGCGUCCAAUCAGGAGCCCUCUCAAAUCUCAUUGCACUCCUCCGUCGAGAACAACAUGUCGCCGAACGAUCGCAGCGCGUCGUCUUCGUCCAAAGCGGGCAGCCAGACCAGCGUCUCCGAGGAAGCCGAAGCGACCGUUUGCGCCAAGUCGGAUUAUCGACGAGCGAAAGCGGCCGCCGCCGCCGCCGCCGCCGCCGCCGCUGCCGCCGCCGACACCUCGAAACCGACCUCCUAUCUGCCUGAAGUUUCUUCCACGAGGGAGAAUGCGAGUUUUGGCAACGUGUACGGGGAGAAGGCCCUUCUACGCCAACACGACGCGCUAAAUAGCAUACAGAAGGCUAUUUCGCCCACGAUCAGUCACAGUCCGAACCACGCCGCCAACAGCUUAUUCGGCGAUUACGCCGAAACCGACCUGGAUCAGCCGACCGACUAUAGUUUGCGCUAUGGCGAGCAGACCAUAGACGACGAGAAGCAGCACUCGGGAUUCUUCUCGAGCAACGACCAAGGGCUUUUGCAUGAGGACACAGUCAGAACUUACUACACCGAAGGUACGCCGCGCGAGACAUCCUUGAACUCGUCGAGAGCCACUUCCGCGUCCGAUCUGCAGGAGGAUAGUCGUAUAAGGAACUCGGCGAAGAAGUUACCGGCGGAGCGAUACAACAAGACGAGGCAGGCGGCCGAGGACUCACACGGUGAAUGCCAAGCGUCGUCCUUGACGGACGUGCCGAAACUGAACGACUUUGUCGAGUCGGAGGCGAUUAAAUUAAAUUUACGAAGCGCGACGCAUCUCACCGAUGACGAAAGUGGGAACCAUUCGUUGCCGUAUCUUGAAGGAGGAGACUUGGACAAGCAGGCGGAGGACGCUCGAGAGGAUCGUUCAACCGUUCAGAACCAUUCGAGUGUAAGAACGACGCCGAUUUCGAUGGUAUUGGGAACCGCUGAAUACAACGACGACCACGACGGGGAAUCCAGUUCGAGAAUUAUUAAUCUCGACUCAAAAGCAGAAUUUGAGUCGCAAGCUGUGCUAGCGAGCAAGUGCAAAGUAACUGACUUGCCAUCGAACAAUGUCGAGUUCUCAUCCGGUGGCACCAGUUUAAAGACCUCCAACAAUGAUUCGGGAUAUCAAGUCAGUGACGGGGACGAGGAUGACGAGGAUUUACUUGCCGCUUGUAUUAAUAUCGGAAUGCAAAAUAAUAGGCUAUUUAACUUUUGUAGGCAUAGGCAUUCUUUCAUAGGAAAUAAUCUCGAGAAGAUACCUCGGUCAGAAAGUAACUUGACUCGAUAUCAAACUAGUCUUGCCUUGGAUCAAGUUGAAUAUAACGAAAUCACUGAAUCCGACGGCUCGUCGUUUAAUAUAAAACACACAAAGACACGUGGAGCAACCACCGCAGUUGAAAACUCAGAGCAGUGCAGAAAUAUCCCAGCUGAAAGGAUGAGGGAAGAAAAGCAGGACAACGAUGAGUCGAGACAAAGCGACAAUCGUUGCGGAAAGAACAUUCGAUUGCGAGGAACAGACACGAUAACAACAAAUGCGAAUAACGAAUACACGCGACACACUGAAGAAUCGACCACGGUGAAGGAUGACGAUAGACUCGGUAAUAAUAAUAUGUUAGACAGAGGAGCGCCUGUAUUACAGAGAUUCGAUGAGGUGUCCUUAGAUAAGAAUGAAGCAGCGUCUAAUAAACUGAUUCUCAACGACGGCGCGAGUCCGAAGGGAUCCGUUGCGCAAGCGGAUGAAGAAGCAACGGCCGACCAUCAGAUCGUAGACAAUCCGUCGAUGAAACAGUCAUUCGCGAGAGAUUCCGAAAGCAGCGAAUCAAUCGAUUCGGUCGAACAGUCCGAGCACGCCCUCCUGGAACUCUGUAUUCAGCCGGGCAUCAAGUCCGAAGGUAACAUCGCCAUCGACGAGAGAAACGUAGACUACACUGAGCGGCCGCUCGACUCGUACAGCAAACAAAUCGACUUUAUAAAGGGAAGCAACGUUGCUGAGGAAAUAUGCGAGACCGACGGCAACUUGAGUUGCAAGCAAGAAGCGGCGAGCUUCGAGAUUGUGAGGACCUCGGACAUUCUGCACCGCGACAGCGCGGAAAAGUACAUAAAGGAAGAGACGUACAGACGGCAAAGGGAUCCCGACGCGAUGAUCGCGUCGUUGGACCGACUGACAGCGACCCUGGUGCAACAGACCGAGGCGAUGCGCGAGCGAGACUCCAACACAACGAUGAAGCAGAGCCUGACUCAGAGCGACACGUGGAACGAAGAUUCGCCCAACGACGUCUCCUUCCCCAGCAUCAGCAUAAGCGCGCCGCUGGCCGCGUCGUUUAACAGCGACGCGCAAGAUCAUCAGCGCACCGGUACGUCGGAGAACAACACGCAGGUGGAGAACAGCGAGCAGACGAGCAUGACGGAGUCAAAGAUCAUACAACGCGAAGCCAUCAAGCUGGCGGAGGCGGUGGACGCCGAGGCGAACAACCUCCAGAACGACCUCGAGACGACGUCGAGUCUGACGUCGAUUGACCUCGAGGCGAUCAAACCCCCGUCUUCGAUGGGCAGCUUGUUGUCGUUGACCGCAAGUUACGCCGGCUCCGUUGACACCAGCGAGGUGUUUAUCGGGAAUCGAGAUCGAUGUUACUCCACGUCGCUACCUCCGGUAGCGCAGCUGAGAAAUUCUCCCCCCGUCUCUGCCGAUUCGCGGAAUGUGCGGAAGAAAUCCUUGCCCCUCGGCGUGGUGGCGAAGCGGGCGCUGGGUCAGGGCGCUCAGAGCCACACCACCAGCCUGGAGAACCUGCUGAACGAAUGCACCAGCACGCACUUGGAGAACGUGAAGCCGCCGUCCAUGAUGGACGAGUUGCCGGACGCGGGCGAUAUGGAGAACAGCAUGCUGAGCGUGGCGAGCAUCACGUCGGAGAUUGCGGAUUCGCGUGAACAGGAUUCGCACAGCUUGACCGGCAGCGACCCGGUGGUGUUCGAGAUGCUGAAGCCGGUGGCCAACGUGCUCUCCAUAACGUGCAUGCGUUACACCGGCGAGGGCAUGCAGAGCAGCGCGAGCAACAGCCUGAGCGAGUGCUUGGAGAACAUCAAUCCGCCGUCGCUGUUCAACGAGGUGAGCGAGAUGGACGAGUCGACGGUUGAAGCCACUACCGACACACUCUGCAGUGACACCCUGUGCAUCGACACGGAGCUGCAUACCGACGAGGUGGCCGUACACUCGAUCGUGGCGGAGGUGAUCGACGAGGCGGAGAACGACACCGACGAGGAGGCCACGCCGAUCUCGUCCGAGUGCGUCAGCAGCUCGGCCGAGUCGACGCCGAAGAAGAGGCUGUACAAAAGCCACCUGACGCCGAAGCAGAAGCGCAAUCUGACGAAGGAGAGAUACCGGACGUACACCAUCGCCGCGGAGAUUGUGAAGAAGGAGGAGGAACGCCGUAAACAAGAGGCCACUGGCGAAGGCCACAACAAGGUUCCGCGCGGCAAGUGCUCUCCCUUCUCAAAGCUGACGCCCAAGCAACGUAGGCAGGAGGACCGAGCAAGAUUCCAGACGCAAGUGUUGGAGAAUCCUUUCCCGGAUCUGACCGCGGCAUUGAUCAAUAAGGAGGAAGCGCGGCGGCGGCGGCGGCGAGUUGCGUCUGACGAUCCCGUGGAGAAGCAGGAAGUCGUUUCCCCCACGAAAUCGUCGAUCCCUACACUCACAAAGCUGCCCGUGUGCAGAGCGUUGCGAAAGAAGCGCGGGGAUUCUCAGGAGAGCAAGGAGAGGUAUCGCACGAGAACGUUGAAUGAUUCGGAGGCCGUGUUCAAGGAGAUGGAAUCCUGCAAUCCCGCUUCGAACGCCAACGCGGCGGCGGCGGCGGACGAAGGACGAGCGAACGCACACGAGGAAAUUCAUACCAUGGUGCAGCAGAACACCCUGAACCUGAACGAGUCGGGCAAGGCCAAUAAAAACUCGGUCGCGGAAGAAAUCCUGCGUCGCGAGACCUGCAUCGCAUUGACGUCCAACGAAUCCGAGUCUGACCGGAACCUUAGGAUGCGCUUCGUGAACGGGCUGUCGAAGAAGCUGAUAGGCAGUCAACAGGCAGUCAACGAUGACGCGCAAACACCCACGACGAAACACAGCGACGACGAAGAGAUACAGUGCGAGAACAGUGCGGGCAACGUCGCGCGGGAGGACCUAGACUAUCCCGUCGAAUCGGCGGGCAGCAGCGACGAGGAGGGAUCCAACUGCGGCGACGAGGAACAACAGGAGCCAAGAGAGACAAAGAGGCCGCGGAUUAUUAAGCCGGGUAUGCCCGGUCGAGAUGCGAGCGCAGAUUCCAACGCGACCGACAAGUCCGAGCCAGGAAGCCCGAAGGCCAUUCGAGGACGAAGAAAGGCACUCUAUUCGAACCCGAUCACGCGAAAGCCAACUCCGCAAUCGUCGCCGUUGAAGCAAGCGAAUCCAGUCAGCGGGAUACCUAUCGGCCGCAGCAACACCUCGCCCAUCGUCCGAGCUACCCGAGCCACCACCUUGAGACAAAGCAACAACAGCACGAGCGUUGCUACGAAAGACUCCACCAAGAUAAUCACGCCGUUCACGGAUGCAGAGAAGAGGACGCGAAACGCGGCAGCCAUGUCCAAAAGAGCAUCCGUGCCGCAGAAGGGAUCCUCGUUGACUUUCACCAAGUCCACCAAGCGCCACAGUACACCCCCGGCGUGCUCGUCGAACUUCCCAAACGAUGGUAAAUUGUCGGAGGCAAGCGUUGGAUCGCCGUUCAAGCCGUUGGAACGCCAGGGAACUUUCACGAAGGACGAGCCGGAGGUGGAGAACGCACCGACGGUGCACUCCGCGUCCGCCUCGCCGGUGAAAACGAAGAUUGCGAAACCGUUGAAAGGCGUUUCGGCCAAGGUGUGCUCGGCGGCGCCGGGGAAAUCCAAGAUUUCUGUGAAGGCGCAUCAGGCGUACCAGCCGAAAAUCACCAAGGCCAAUAGCGCGGAGAAAGUGCAGUCGCCGAAGGGAUUGCCGUUGUUGGUGGCGCCGAGGAAGGUGUCCAGCAGCGGCAAGACGACAAGCGCGCCGGCGAAAGCAGUCCUCAGCGGCAACGCGAACGCUGCACAGAAUGGCGAUAGCGGCAAGACCUUCCGCAAGGUGGGUCCUCUCGGUCCUCAACGGUCCAACAGCAACUCCAGUAUCAUCUCCAACGCGUCGGCAGCAGCGGGUGUCGGGCAGCAGAAUCGCGCGAAACUGGCGAAGGAAGCGACCAGCAAGAUCGCGGGCCUCUGGAAGAAGGUCGAGGAGAACAAGAACAAGCAGCGCUUCGAGAAGCCGGACACCAGGCAAUGGAUCAGACCGGCUAAUAGCGCGACCGAAGUGGACGCCGCGCCCGUCGCGUGCAGUCAACCGCAGGCGUUCCGAUUGUUCCGCAGCUCCACGUUUGAGGGUAUCUCGCAGGACGACAGCGGCGGCGAGAUGUCGCCCUACAAGCCCAAGUCUAAGCGGCCACCAGUGUUGUUGGGCUCCCAGACCGCCACCGGCGGUGGCGUCAAGUAUAGGAAUUCGUGCGAUUUGACCGGUAUGAACGCCAGCGAAGCGCCCUGCAAAAUCCCGGUCAAGUCGUCCGAGUCGUACAAGAGGGAUACCACCACGCAGCUCGGUGAUACUCUGGUGACCCUGAGGAAGCAGCAAAGCGCAGCGGACUUUGGAGCGGAAGCAACGGACCCGAGCAAGAGGAUAUCGAGGCUUGGUUCCUUCAUUCGCGUGGACCCGACGGCGGAGAACGGGAGCAACGGUGCGCGAGCAGCACCCGCAUCGGCGAUUGUGCCGCCCUUCAACUACAAUCCGAAGCCAGACAUUCCACCGCAGACACAGAUCAAAGCUAGGCCACCGGCGACGGACGAGGGUCAGGGCAAAUUUGAAGCGUCGGAUUGCCGGGCGGAGAUAGUUACCGGCUCCGCCAGGGUGACGACGGUAUAGAGGGAGAAAGACGAGUUUUUGACGAAAUAAGUUCCGUUAAUAUCGCCUCUUCUUCGUUCCCAGGCUAGUCAUUGUACAUUCGCUUGCUAUAUAUGUUCGCUCAUAGACCCAUUACACACGUACACACACACACACACACACACACACACACACACACACACACACACUUGACAUACAUUCGUCACAUGUGAUACGCAUUACAAGUAAGUAAUUUAAUCGUUUCUCUCUUCUGUCUCGUUGUACCGUACGCGUCGAAGCGCGUGCUUCGUUAUCUCGUCUCUCGACAUUUUAUUCGAAAUAUAAAGGAUAGUCACGCAUGGUAUACAUAUAAUAAUCCAUAAUAUCGUGUACGCAUCGCGACACGUCAACUUCUACCAACUCUUCGGUAGGAGAAGAGAAAACCGCGCGGUAUCAGCGAGUGUCUCAAGACCAUUCCUUGUCCAACUUGUCUGUUGUAUAUAUACAUGAGAUAUAGGGUAAUACCGAUACAACUGGAAACGGAGAAACAUAAGUCGAGAAUCCGUAAGUAGCGGCGUAGCGAUGGUUCUGAUCGGUUAUUUAUUCAAUUUUGUAUAUAUAAGAUAUCUCUCGAGGACACGUGAGUGAGAGGAAUGUAGAAAGUUUUAGUAGUACGUGUUUUAAAACCUCAUGUACGAUGUGUAAUACACACACACACACACAAAAACACACACACACACAUAUAUACCGCGCUGAUGAUAUUACAUCGCUGUACAUCUUCGUACGCGAAGGAAAGAAGGAAGAGAGAAGAUAUCGGGGAAAGGACGCGGCGAUCCUAUAUUUUGUUUCCAUCGUAUCGACCGAUUCGACCCUUUCUCCCCUCCCUCACCCUCCGAAAACACGGAUACAAAGUCCAAUUACUUUUCGAAGACUGAUAAGUAAGAUCUGAGAUGAAGAUUUGGACAAAGCUCGGGCAUCUUCUUCGACGUCGACCGUGAAAGUUAUAAUCGUAAACGAGGUAGUUUACCGUUUGUAUUCGACUGUGUGAGUGUAGAGCGGUCUAAGUAGUUCGCUAAAAUACGGCAUUACGAAAUAACGCGCGUGAUGAUAAAUUUUAUAAGCAUUACUUUAAGUUUCUCUAGUCUACAGACGACGUACCCUCUCCUUUUCGUCACACGCGCGCGCGUCGCAAAGAUUAAUUUCGCCCAGUGAGCGGUGUCCGUCAAGUCGGAUCUGUUGCUCCUUCGUAGUGUAGCUCCUUCGUUAACGUGUCGUCAAAGAGGUGUACAGAUCAAUGAGAUCGACUCCCAGAUCUUGAAAUCAAAAUGAUUCGCAUUCGCAUUUAUCUAAUAUCUUAUAUUUUAUUUUACUUUAUCCUUUUUCAGAAAGUUAAUAAGCGAGCAUGCAACCACGCGAACUUUCAUCUUACUAUUUUUCCUUUUCUUUUCUUUUUUUUUUUUUUCUUUCUCUUCAUCUCGUGUCUAUACUCUCCUUCUGUGGGAAUCGAGUCGGUUAUCGAGUUCUCUCACGGCAAGGAGAUCGUCUGGCACGGAGCAGAAUCUGUUGUAUUUAAUUUAGUUUGAAGGUUCCUCAGUAUAGAUAGUUUUACUUUACCCUGUUCCAGUUCGAGUUAAUUAGAUUUAACCCUGCCAACUUGGAACGUAAUCAGGGUAUCUUUGCACUGUUCCUCGAGAAACAGAAUUUGGUCUGUACACCACGACUAUUUUUGUAACCUUUUCUUUUCCCCUUUCGCUAUCUUUCGUUAUUUCUACCAUACUACCUUUAGGUUUUAAGAAUAACUUUCGUUUAGUUUUGCGCUUUAAAUUCACCAGGUAUCUCUUUAUAAAGAAUUCGUACGUUAUUAUAUUUACAGUGCAAUAAAAUUUAUAGCUGAGAGAA